AUGGCGCCGAUGCUCCAAGCCGACGCCGUCGACACCGACGCGUCAAUGUCGGAUGCGCCCGCUCCUCGCAAUCCUGAGAGAAAGCACCCGCAGCAGGUCGAUGAGACGCCCGACUACACCGAUUCCGAUACCAACCCCAACACCACAGCGAGCAGCGUAGCUGGCGAACCUAUUGGCGAUGGCAGAAAGCGUAGAUCAGAGGCUACAGCCCUGCGACGUAGUAUAUUUGGCAAGAAACACGACCGCCUGGGCGAGUCCAAGGAAGACGAUACAAUCCGGCGUUUCCGAUAUCUCCUCGGGCUUACUGACCUCUUUCGCCACUUCAUUGAAACGAACCCUAACCCCCAGAUUCGCGACAUCAUGGCCGAAAUCGAUAGACAAAAUGAGGAGGCCACGCAUGGAAAAAAGUCUGGCCCCAGACAGGGCGGCGCUACCAGUGAGAGAAGACGCCGCACAGAAGCUGAGGAAGAUGCAGAGCUUCUCAAGGACGAAAAGCAUGGUGGCUCAGCCGAGACUGUCUUCCGCGAGUCCCCCGGCUUUAUCCAGGGCCAAAUGCGCGACUACCAGGUCUCAGGCUUGAACUGGCUCAUCUCACUACACGAAAAUGGUAUUUCUGGUAUUUUGGCUGAUGAAAUGGGUCUUGGCAAGACCCUGCAGACAAUUGCUUUCCUCGGCUAUCUUCGCCACAUCGUCGACAUUACGGGCCCCCAUUUGGUUAUCGUGCCCAAGUCUACUCUUGACAACUGGAGGCGAGAAUUUGCCAGGUGGACACCAGAGGUCAAUGUUCUUGUUCUCCAAGGUGCCAAAGAAGAGCGUCACGACCUCAUCAAUGAUCGCCUAGUUGACGAAAAGUUUGACGUUUGCAUUACGAGUUACGAAAUGGUGCUGCGCGAAAAGUCGCAUCUCAAAAAGUUCGCCUGGGAAUACAUCAUUAUCGACGAGGCCCAUCGCAUCAAAAACGAAGAAUCAUCUCUGUCGCAAGUUAUUCGACUCUUCAACUCGCGAAACCGACUGCUGAUUACUGGCACACCCCUCCAAAACAACUUGCACGAGCUGUGGGCACUUCUCAACUUCCUUUUGCCUGAUGUGUUUGGAGAUUCCGAAGCCUUUGAUCAAUGGUUCUCCGGUGAAGACCGCGACCAAGACACAGUCGUUCAGCAGCUGCAUCGCGUGCUUCGUCCCUUCCUGCUCCGACGUGUCAAGAGUGAUGUCGAGAAGAGUCUCCUGCCCAAGCAAGAAAUCAACCUCUAUCUUGGCAUGUCCGACAUGCAGAUCAAGUGGUACCAAAAGAUCCUCGAAAAAGACAUCGACGCUGUCAACGGCGCCGGUGGCAAACGCGAAUCCAAGACGAGAUUGCUCAACAUCGUGAUGCAGCUGCGAAAGUGCUGCAACCACCCGUAUCUCUUCGAAGGUGCCGAACCGGGCCCUCCCUACACCACGGAUGAACACUUGGUGUACAACGCCGGCAAGAUGAAGGUCUUGGACAGACUCUUGAAGCGUCUUCAGGCCCAGGGAAGUCGAGUGCUCAUUUUUUCUCAGAUGAGUAGACUGCUGGAUAUCCUUGAAGAUUACUGUGUCUUCAGAGAGUACAAAUACUGCCGUAUUGAUGGUAGCACUGCGCAUGAGGACCGUAUUGCUGCCAUUGAUGAUUACAAUAGGCCCGGCUCCGAAAAGUUCGUCUUCUUGCUCACCACGCGAGCUGGUGGUCUUGGUAUUAACCUGACGUCUGCCGAUAUUGUUAUUCUGUACGAUAGUGAUUGGAACCCUCAAGCCGAUCUGCAAGCCAUGGAUCGUGCGCAUCGCAUCGGCCAGACAAAGCAAGUGGUCGUGUAUCGUUUUGUGACGGACAAUGCCAUCGAAGAAAAGGUUCUGGAAAGAGCAGCACAGAAGCUCCGCCUUGAUCAGCUCGUCAUUCAGCAAGGCCGGGCCCAGCAGGGUGCCAAGGCUGCCGCUAACAAAGAUGAGCUCCUGUCCAUGAUUCAACAUGGUGCAGAGACGGUCUUCCAAGCAAAGGCCUCAGCGGGCGGCAACGACGAUGACAUGAAGGAAGAUGAUAUAGAUGCUAUCCUGAACCAGGGCGCGUCUCGUACCAAGGAGCUCAACGCCAAGUACGAGAAGCUUGGUCUCGAUGACCUGCAGAAAUUUUCUUCAGAGUCUGCCUAUGAAUGGAACGGUGAAAACUUUGCCAACACCAAAAAAGAUAUUGGCAUGACCUGGAUCAAUCCUGCAAAGCGAGAGAGAAAGGAGCAGUCAUAUUCGAUGGACAAGUAUUUCCGACAGGCUAUGUACCCGAACCCGAAGAAUGACGGCAAGCCCAAGGCACCCAGGGCACCCCGACAGAUUCCAGUCCACGACUACCAAUUCUACCCGGCCAGACUCCAAGAGCUCCAAGAGCGCGAAACAGCCUACUAUCGCAAAGAAAUCGGCUACAAGGUCGUCCUAUCCGAUGGCGAGGAAGAGACACUCUCUGAUCGCGAGGCUGAGCGGGCAUUAGAUCAGCAAGAAAUCGACAAUGCCACACCUUUGAACGAGGAGGAGCGUGAGGAGAAGGAGGAGCUGUCAACACAAGGCUUUGGAAACUGGAGCAAGCGAGACUUCCAACAGUUCAUCAAUGGCUCUGGAAAAUUUGGUCGCAGCGACUACCAUGGAAUCGCUACCGAAAUCGGCAGCAAGACAGCCUCGGAAAUUAAAGAAUACGCCAAAGUUUUUUGGCAACGAUACACGGAAAUCGCCGACUACGGCAAGCACAUCAAGGUCAUUGAGGACGGCGAGGAGCGCACACGCCGCAUCGAGCAGCAGCGCAAGCUCCUGCGCAAGAAGAUGCAGCAAUACCGCGUACCGCUGCAGCAGCUCAAGAUCAACUAUUCCGUGUCGACGACCAACAAGAAGGUUUACACGGAAGAGGAGGACCGCUUCCUGCUGGUGCUGCUGGACAAGUACGGCAUCGACUCGGACGGGCUGUACGAGAAGAUGCGCGACGACAUUCGCGAGUCGCCGCUGUUCCGCUUCGACUGGUUUUUCCUCAGCCGCACGCCCGUGGAGCUGUCGCGCCGCUGCACGACCCUCAUCACGACCGUCGUCAAGGAAUUUGAGGACAGCGCCGGGCGUGGCACCAACGGCUCCAAUAACAAGGCCAAGCGCGAGCCGGAAGAGGAGAAUGACGAGGACAGCAUCCUAGGCAUGCCGGCCAAGAAGAAGUCUAAGAAUGGCGUCAAGAACAAGGCCCUCGACAAUGUCAAGUCCAAGUCGGGCAAGGGUAGCAAGGCGAGCUCUGCCGCGCCAUCCCGCGCGUCCAGCGUGGCGUCCAGCAACUCCAAUGCUGGUAAGAAGAAGAAAUCCAAGAAAUAG